AGAAGACCUCCAAGGUCCCUUCCAGUCAUAUGAUUCUAUGAUUCUAACCCCAUCUAGCAUAGCCAAUGGCAAGAAGUUACAUUUGUGGGACCUAACAGAUUAUGUACUUCUGAAAUGUAGGGAGGCAGAUGGCUUGGGGCACUUCUCUUAAGAAUCUGGCUUCCUUUGAAUCUUUGUAUAUCAAAUCAAGUUUAUAGUGCCAAAUUUGAAUUGCUGUUUUUUUCUUCCCAUUUUCAGUAGUUUUUCUCAUUGCAGGCAGGUAACCCAAUGUGUCUUCUGCUGAAAAGAGCUAUAGUACUCAAUUUGAUGGGUGUCAAGAUGUCAUUGAAAGUACAGACAAGUAACAUCACAAACAAGAAUGAUCCCAAAUCCAUCAACUCCAGGGUCUUCAUUGGGAACCUCAACACAGCAGUGGUCAAGAAGUCAGAUGUAGAAACCAUCUUCUCUAAAUAUGGCAGAGUGGUGGGCUGCUCUGUGCACAAAGGCUAUGCAUUUGUACAAUAUUCAAAUGAAAGGCAUGCACGGGCUGCUGUCCUAGGGGAGAAUGGGAGAGUACUCGCCGGUCAGACUCUAGAUAUAAACAUGGCUGGAGAACCGAAGCCCAACAGACCAAAAGGACUAAAGAGAACAGCAUCUGCCUUGUACAGCAGUGGCUAUGACUUUGACUAUGAUUACUACAGAGAUGACUUCUAUGACAGACUCUUUGAGUAUCGAGGAAGAGUGUCUCCCAUACCCAGGAUGGUUCCCGUGAAGCGGCCACGAGUCACCAUCCCUUUAGUACGACGUGUCAAAGCAACAAUCCCGGUCAAGCUCUUUGCCAGAUCUGCUGCUCUUGUGAACAGCUCUGCCAAAUUAAAAUUGAAAUGCAGUGAACUGCAGACAAUUAAAACUGAGCUGACGCAGAUCAAAUCCAACAUUGAUGCUCUCUUGGGCAGAUUGGAGCAGAUUUCUGAACAACAGAAAGCACCUACAGAAGUUAGAAAAAAGGCAGAUGAAAACAAAAGUGAAAUUUCUCAGGAAGACACAGCAUCAGAAGCAGACGUGAACACGGAAGAGCCAUUAAAUGGGGAAGAAGAAGAGGAGGAAGAGGAAGGCCUUGUGCAGGAUGAUUGUGACGAUGAAUUGGAGAAUAGCCAUUUCACGUAUGUGGAAGACUCCAGCCUACAGUAAUUAGGUUCCAUGCUUUGUACAAUACUGUAAGAUGGUUUAUUCCUAAUUGCCAACUUCAAAAAUAGAUGGAGCGUUGUUUGCUUAGCAGGGUAAUCCAAUCUUUCAGACUCCAACUACUGUUCAGGAAAGGGUGAGAAUCACAUUUUCAUACGGGCCAAAUUCAGAAGAUCUGAUCCUACCCUUCUAAGGAUUUCUACUGGAAGAUAUACAACCAGAUGUAAGGAUCUUCUCUUCUUCAGGACAUAUUAACAGAAGAUUGCAUCUCUCAAAGCACAGUAAUUUACAACAAUUUCUUUGUUGAAAAUACAAGUUACAAACAGGCAAGCAUUGUUUUUAUUUUCUUUAUUCUUUUGGCUCUUCUCUAUUAGCUUAUCCUGCAAAGUUUGGUCACUUUGGCGUCCCUAGCUAUUUUCAAAAUGCUUCCUAGACUUUGUUUUGCUAUGAACAAAUGCAGGACUGAAGAAUGGAAGAAAGGGGGGGAGGGGGAUUUGUACAUAAAAUCCUGUAUAAUAAAAGAAAGAACUUGAUUCAUGGUGUAAACCCUGUAUCCUUUUUUUUUUUUUUUGCUGUUAUUGUUAUUCGAAUAAGAUACAUUUCAAAAUAUUAUAUUGGAUUCAGGCUACCUUUUCAUCACCUGGGAUAUUUUGGUUCACACUACCAACACCUAUUUUUUUUAAUCUUUUGCCCUCUGUGCUGUGCUCAUUUAACAUACAUUAAAAAUGGUGUCCAGACCAAACUAUAAGUGGAAACUGCCACAAUUAGUGCUCAGAGUUCCAGUUGUAUUCUUUUCCUCGAUAUUCCAUUCCAUUUUCUUCUUUCAUCCUGCUACCAACAUCAGCAAAUAUUCCACAUCCAUUGAGCAUAUUGAAUACUCACACCUGUUUUAGGGGUUCUCCUGCCUCCCCUGUGCUUUUCUACUAAACUUUGAUUUUAUUAUAUGCUGCUUUUUAACAUAGAGUGAAAUCUAAGUGACACCCAAAAGAAAUUAACCAUAAUACUUUAAGUAGAAAAGUGCCUACAUUUUGUCAUUGCUUUUUCAAAAAGAAAAUAAUAAAAUUUGAUUCUAUUUCUUGUGAGAUUGGUCUACUGCCCAAAAGGGAGGAAAACCUUCAUGACCAAGAGAUACAGACUAAAAGGGGGGAAAAUAAAAGAAAUUGGAAAGAAAGUACAAAGGCACUAAGAGCCCUCACUCACAAACACAGCUACAUUCAGGGUCAAGACACUAAGAGAGAUCUUUUUAUGGAGAAUAAUGAUGGCUGCAAUAAUUACCAAGCCUUUAUGCCAAGGAAGAACACCUCAAAAAAGUAGGCCCAGAGUUCUUCUGGGGCAGAUGGUGUGAGAUCCGCAUCCUUUUGCUACAAGUUUAUGCUAUCCCGCGUAACCUAAUUCACUGGAGUUUCAGUGCUGACAUUAUCCUGUAGAACAAGUGUCAAACUCAAGGCCCAGAGACCGAAUCCAGCCUACAGGGUGCUUAGAUCUGGCCUGCCAGGCUGCCCUGGAAACAGCAAAGGACUUGCUCAUGGUGCCUCUGCCAGCGAAAAUGGGAGCUCGGGAGUUCCGUUGUUGCUGGCAGACGGUUGCAGGAAGUCAUCACAGCUGAAAACAGAGCUCAGGAGCCCGUUUUCUCUGGCAGAGCACUCAGGUCACCACAGAUGCCCCGGCAUGAUCAACGUCAAGCUGGCCACGUCCACCCUGGCCACACACAGUGCCCCCGAGGUCAAACACAACCCUGAUGCAGCCCUCAAUGAAAUAGAGUUUGAUACCCAUGCUGUAAAAUAUGCUGGUACAAUCCAGAAGCCACUGUUCCCUCAAUAGCUUUGAGUUUCCUUGGUCCUGAGGCUGUAAAACAGUUCCAAAGCAUAGUGCACUUCAUGCUUCUUGGUUGGGAUGAGGUUCUUUUGUUGGAAUUCAGUUUGUUUUGCCUCAUAUUUUGCAUUAUUUCCAUUAAGUACCCCUUUUGUCUUCUCGGUCCACAGAACACUGUUCCAUUAGCUUGGUGUACCUUCCAGGUGGUUGUUGACAAAAACGAGGUGGGUGCCAGCUUCCUUGCUGGAGAACGCCAUUCAUCAUAUACUUCCAUGAACACUAUUGUUCAUUGUUAUACCUAAAGCACACUCAUAUACACUGACUUUAGAUAAUUAACAACUUCCCACAAAUCCUUUCCUAUAGCCCUGGGAUUCUUUAUGAUGUUCCCAUCUGGAGUGAUUUCUGUUGGACCUCUCCUGGGAAAAGUAACGUUUAAAAAAAAAUGACCAACAUCUUCCUAUGGAUUGAUGGAGGCAAAAAUCUUAAAAUAAGUUUUGUAACUAACAGUUUGGGUUUGAGACUCGAGCGCUGCAUGACAGGGUGAGCUCCCAUUCUCGCCGCAGCUCCUGCCAAUCUAGCAGUUCAAAAGCAUGCAAAUGCAAGUAGAUAAAUAGGUAUUGCUUCAACCAGAAAAUUACUGCAUUCUGUAUUUUCAUGCUGGCUACGUGGUGACAGAAGCAUCUCUCAAGACAACACAGGCUCCAUCGGCUGAGAAUCGGAGAUGAGCAUUGCCCCCUUGAGUCAAUCAUGAUUGGACAGGGGAAACCUUUAAUGCCUUUCUAGUCUCCUGAGUACCAACUACCUUUUUUCAGAGGUUUGCAGAGGCAUGAAUCAUUCCUCAAAUCUGCAUGAUAAAAAGCAGGAUUCAACAGAAAUGUUUGGGCUUUUUGAGAGGAAGACUUCUCAAAUUCAUCCCAUAAAUUGGAAUAGCUAUCUCAAUUUAUCCUGUUAUUAAUCCUAGAGCUUCUUAUAUAUUUUUACAAGGACAGUAAAAGUUGACUUAAUAUAUUCAAUAAAGACAUGAUACACAUUAAACACAUUUAUAUCUAUUAAUAAAAGUUUAAGAAGCCCUGAUCACACCACUGAUCAUAGUUCUGCAGGAUUGCAAAUAUUUCUAAAAGGUUCACAAAUGUUUGCCCAGUUGGAUCUCAGAACUAUUUCCCAAAACUACACUUAGAAUAUGAAGAACAAUUUAUGGCUGCUAUGUAAAUUUUUCCAUGUUGCCAUUGUGGGCGCAGAUAAUCACAAAGUACCAGGGGAGCCUGGUAGAUACUAAUAGGAUUCCACUAGGUUACGUGGAAUUCACAGCAUAGUAAAAACACCAGCCCUACCUCAUGCAGAAAAAUAACCGCAGCAAUCACAGUAGGAUAUGCGGGCCACAGGUAAGACUUCUAGGUAAACCAGAAGAGGCUCCUGCUUCAUUAUUUUCUACCAGCCCAUUAGGGAGACAUAUUUGUGAAGAACUAUGUGUUCUGUUCCAUAUUUCCAUAAAAUAAGAGGCAUCAAAGGCAAAAUCAUAUGGCAAGACUUAUGUCAGAUGAAAAAUGUUACCUGAAUGUCAGACUAGCUGAAAACAAACAUGUCUGCAAUGGAAUGGAGGCAAUGGAGAUGAUGUAUCCUCAUGAACAUGGCUUUUAAGAAUGGUUAGUGAGGCAUUUUAGUUAUUAAUUUCAUAUGCUGCCAAUCUCAUGGUUCAAGGUGACUCCGGAGAGCUUAUAAGGGAGGCAUGCUGGCAACAUGGGCAGAUCUGAAGACGAGCUCAUUGAUGGCAAUAAAACUACGUACAAUCUAUCCAAAGAAUAGAAAGAUAAAUGCUCAAUUUUUAGAAAUUUUUAUUGUAAAACAAGAAAGAAAAUAGUACCAGUUUCUUAGGAAAUAGAUAUUUAAAUGCUCAGAAUAGAGGUAGAUUCAUUAAAAAGGGGGGGGCUGAUUUAGACUCAAACAUUUCAUUAUUCUAUUGUAGUUACUUGAAGUACCAACUAUGCUUACAACUAUGAUUAUCCCAGCCUUCAGAAUGUUACAAAUGCCAGGAAUAAAAGGGAGUCAAAAUGUUUAGCAGGCAGAAACCCAUAAAGCUUUGUUGCUUCACAUUUAAGCAUAACAUACCAUGACUAGAUUUGCUAAUCUAGUCCUGCAAACUGAAUCAAAAUCCUGCAAACAUACUUUUUCUCAUUUUUCAAAUGAAUGAGGCAGUGAAAAAAAAAAUAGAAUUGUUUCUCCAAUACAUAGAUGUAUGUGCUGUGGUAUUUUAAAAUGUCUACUUAUUGCUGAAGCUUUUCGGAUGAGAAGCAAAACAUCUUCAAAGAAAAACAAGAAAGUUCAGUUGCUUCUUGAAAAAGCACCUUUGGGACUAUUUUACUUAUGUUAACAAAACUAGAAUUUUCUAGGACCAAGACCCAAAGAACCAUGUAUUUUUGAACUCCCUAGUCCUUAUCUGGAUCCAUAAAUUGAGAACACAAUGCUUACCUUACACAGAAGGUAAUCUUGACUCAAAGCUUUUUUGCCUUUACCAUAUUAAUUCCCUGAAACCUUUCUAGUUAGCAUUCCAUAAGGUGUCACUGAACAUCAACUAGGGCAAACCGCCCAUCAGAAUAUGAUCGGGGAUUUAGGAUAGUAGUAUCUGGAGCAUCAUGGCUGCUCAUAAAUUUUCCCAAUUUAUGGGAGAGAUGCAAACACUACAUUAGUCAAGUAUUAUAGGAUCCUAAGAUUAACAUAGCUCAAAAUUAUUUGACAAUUUUUCAUUCACGCUGACUGGAGUGGAACGAGCCGCUGGUUUAAAGCCUUUCAUGGCUUGGGCUGGGUUACCUAAAGGAGUCUUCCCCCAGUUGUUUCUACCCACCCAAUUUGAUCAGGCAGGUUGGGCCUAUAACAGGUAUUUCAAGAAAUGUCAGCUGGCAGGGACCAGACUUGCCUUCUCUGCUACAGCCCCUGCCAUCUGGAACAUUCUUUUCUCAUAAAUUAUGAUGACCAAGGUCGUUGGUCUUUUGUGCCUAGAUCUGGGCCCCUGGGAACGUUAAGGGACCCAUUUUUAGCUAUAUCCACGCCAAUAAUUUUACUCUGCAAUCAUAUAUAUUUAUUUUAUAUUGGUUUAAAUUGUUUUUAUGCUUUUACAAUGCUUGCUGCUCAAAGUCCCUUGAGAUGGGCAGCUACAGAAAUCAAACCAAAUAAAAAAUAAAACAUACUUUGCUUCAACAAGGU